GAUAUUACAUUUUUGUGUGUGCGUGUUUGUGUGUGAAUGAGUGUUGCAGUACACGGUGACGGUCGCACGGGGUCGCCGCUGAAGAGCACCGACCGUCGCCUGUUUGGCUUUUCCUCGCCGUGUCUCUCCGGUUGUUCUCCGCAGUCUCCUUCUCAUCCCGCCCCGCCGCCGACGAUCUGCUGCCGCCGCACACACCCAGCGACCCGCCGCUGCACGGAGCUCGCCUCUCUUCCACCAACAGCAGAGCACAACAGCAUGUGAAUGGCGACGGAAAUCGUCCGAGUUGUCCGGGAGGAGCAGGAGGAGGAGGAGGAGGAGGAGGAGAAGAAGGAGGAGGAGGUGCAGUCAGAGCUCCCGGCGCGUAGUCAAAGCCACGUCCAAUUCCCGCCCCGCCUUCUGGCGCACACCCGCAGCCUCAGCCCCACGUGCUUCGGCGCACCCUCCCAGAAGAAGCACACCUGUCGCCUCACCCACAGCCUCUCCGCCAUGGCCCGCGGGGAGAACGGCGCCCAGGGGGGCCUGGCUGCGGCGGGGAAGAUACUCAAGCCCACCGAGACGCUGUUAGCCGCCAAAGUCCCUCAGCAGACCGACCCGAGUCAGAAGCUGACGGUGUGCAACAAACUGUGUUUUGCCAUCGGCGGCGUCCCCAAAGAGGUUGCAGCCAGCGCCACCGCCUUCUUCCUGCAGAUCUACCUGCUGGACGUCGCCCAGAUCAACGCCUUCCAGGCCUCCAUGGUGCUGUUUGUCGGGAAGGCCUGGGGAGCCGUGGUGGAUCCUGUGGUGGGCUUCUUCAUCAACAAGACCAAGUGGACCAGGAUCGGCAGACUCAUGCCCUGGAUGGUGGGUUGUACGCCGUUCUUGGUGGUGUCCUACUUCUACCUCUGGUACGUGCCCCCCUUCGUUACCGGGAGGUUCGUGUGGUACCUCGGCUUCUACUGCCUCUACCAGACCCUCAUCACAUGCUACCAUGUGCCUUAUUCCGCUCUUACCAUGUUCCUGAGCACGGACCAGCGGGAGCGCGACUCGGCCACCGCCUACCGAAUGACUCUGGAGGUGUUGGGCACCCUGGCCGGCGCUGCCAUCCAGGGCCAGAUCGUGGCCAGUGCCCACAGACUCAAACACUGCCAGGGACCCAACGGCACCAGCAAUGCGCUCAACAACAGCGGCGGGGCGGAGGUCGUCCGGAAUUUGGUGCGCUCAGAGGAAUACAUGUCACAUGCUGAAGUUUACAUGAUCGCUGCUGGUGUCAUCGGGGGAAUCUUCCUGGUCUGCACUGUGAUCAUGUUCCUGGGAGUCAAGGAGAAAGAUGAUCCGUACGCGCCAAAGACGGAGAAGCAGAUUCCGUUCCACCGCGGCUUCGUCAUGGUGAUGCGUCACGGUCCUUACCUCAUCCUCACUGCCGCCUUCCUCUUCAUCUUGGUGGCCAUUCAGCUGGUGCAGAAUAAUUUUGUCCUCUUCUGCACGUACGCGGCCGACCUGAGGGAACACUUCCAGAAUAUCGUGCUGACCAUCCUGGUGUCUGCAGUGGUAAGCAUCCCUCUGUGGCAGUGGUUCCUGCAGAGGUUCGGGAAGAAGACGGCAGCUUUCUGCGGCAUCACGUGGAUCAUGCCCUUCACAAUGAUGCUGGUGUUCAUCCCCAAUGUGGUGGUGGCGUACGUGGUGGCCGUUUCCUCCGGACUCAGCGUGGCCGCCUCGCUCCUCCUCCCCUGGUCUAUGCUUCCCGACGUGGUGGACGACUUCCGCUUGGCCAACCCGUACUGCAAAGGCCACGAGGCCAUUUUCUACUCCUUCUACGUCUUCUUCACCAAGUUCGCCGCCGCCGUCUCUCUGGGCGUGUCCACCUUGUGCCUGGAGUUCGCAGGGUACGAAAACGGCGCCUGCAAGCAGCCCGCCCCUGUGGUGUACACACUCAAGCUGCUCAUCGGCGCCGCCCCAGUGGCCUUCAUCAUCACAGGCCUCAUGAUCCUGCUUCUGUACCCCAUCACGGAAAAAGUGCGACUGCGCAAUAAACUACACUUGGAAGAACUGCGGAAACAAAGCAGCGUCUCCAGAAAUUCGCAUGACUCGGGUGUGAUGUGACGUGAGGAAAAAUUCCAGACACCGGACUUGUAUUCCAGUGGUGCGUGCUGGGAAAUUGGUGGCUAUUGGUGUAUAUUACACUGGGACUUGAUUUGUUUUUAAAGUGAACAUUUUUCGUUUCAUCACGUACUGUAUAGCCAUGAUAUAGUAAGACUAUUUAUACAAAUGAAUGUAUAUCAGGGUUUUAUUGUUUUUCUCCUCUUCACUUGCUGUGUCUAGUUGCUCUGCAACACUUUUAUUUAUUAUUUAUGAAUCAUGUGAGGAAAAAGACGACACGGUACGGUUUGUUGCGGUACUUUGCCGAGGAAGUGAGAUGAGCACAGUUAAGAAAAAAGCCACAAAGCUAUGAAAACAUGUCUAUUUUAUUUUUAUUUUUUUAAAGAUAGUUAUUAUCCCUACAGCGUUCUGAAGCUACUUCCUUCCAUGUGCGUGUUGCUCCCUCUAGAUCUAGAAUGUGAUAUUGAACCUGCUCAAAGAGGAAAUUUUGUGCAAUCCUGAAGUUUUUUUUUCGUCUCCAUUUUAUUUAAUUUCCGUUAGUUGACGAACAAUCAGCGUGGAUUGAUGACCUAUUUGGUGCUGAGACUAUCAGACAUUGUGGUGUACAUGUGUCGGAUGGAGCCCAUUGAAAUUGCGUACUUGCCAAUCUGAUUAUUUAUCUGAUAUCAACAGCCCUGCAAUAAAACCUCUCAUCAUGAUGA